CCGGUGGUAGGACGUCCGGUUUGUUGACUUUACAGAAACACAUGUGGUUCUUGUAGGCUGCUGUCAGUGUGUUGUUUUUGGUGUGUUUUGGCAGGGUUUGUAGCGAAAAAAAAAAAUGGUGGGUAAAAUAAAACACGUCCGACAGAAGCUGCACCAGGAGGCGGUGAAGUUCGAGCCCAGUGUCCGGCAGUCGACGCCUCUCCCCGGGUUCCCCACAGAGAAACCCCCCGUGAUCCUCCUGGGGAAACAAAACACAAGUCCAGCUGAAAACAAAAACGAAGACACUGCUAAAACUACUCCACAGACCCAGACCACAGCUCAGACCUCAUUUCCAUCGGGAAUCUUCUCCGGAACAAAGAUCUCUGCAGAAGCCCUAAAACAGACGCUAAAGUUUGAACAGCCUCCAGAUCUGCCUCCAGAGCCCAAGAAAGGUGCAGAGGAGAGGAAGCUGAAGAGUAAGAAGGAGAAGAUGAAGGAGCGUCGGGAUCGUUGGCUCAACAAGAUCAGCUCCAUCAAGCAGAGCCGCGAGCAGGAGGUGGCUGCAGCGCGCAGGAAGAGCACCCCGGUGGUGGGGGACCUCCGGCCGCUCGUGGACGCUCUGCCCGAACUGAGCCAGCUGCUAGCGCCUAAUGCUAACGAUAACAGCAGCAAAAUGAGCCGGAAGAAGAGCAGGAAGAACAGCAGGCCGAUGAAGAGGACAGAACCCACCGACUUCAGUCAAAUGAAGCAAUCACAGAAACGCAAACUCUUAGAGACGGAGACGUCCAGGUUUCAGCGCCGCGGUCAAGUCUCUCAGCACUAAAUCGAAUCCUCUCCUGGACAUCGGGGACGUCCUGAGGAAGAGGAUGAGACAAGAGGACGAAGGACAGAGCUGACAACAACAAAACAAAAUGGACUAAAAAUAAAAAAAAUACUGUUAACUUCAUCUGUUUUCAUACCAACUCCUGGAACCACUGUGCAAAAAGUCAAAUAAAGUCAAAUAAA